AUUCCAGAUCGAUUCUUCGAUCUAGAUUGAAUUUAACUAAGUUUAUUUUAUUUUGUAAUUAUCUAAAUAGAUUGCAAAACAUUGAAUUUUAUAUAAAUUCCUCCGUUUUUGAUUCAUAAUAGAAAUUUAUUGGAAUAUUAUCAUUGACAUUGUCGUAGGUAUUUGAAGAUUCAAACCAACGAAUAUUCAGAUUAAUGAAUUGUGAAAUAUAAAAUAAUAUAAUAAUACUUAUAUUUCUUCUAAGGUAUUUUCAAUCAUUUGAACAGCCAAAGUUUCAAAAUUAAAAAAUAUUAUAAUAUUCAAACAACGCAAUUUGAAUUAUCGAUCGAGUAUGAUUCCUUCAUUAUCGGCCUAGUGUAUAUCGGUUUAGGGUUUGCGCUUUUUAUUUUAUAGUAACUAGAGUGAAAAGUGAGAUGAAAGUUGACUGAAUUUUAAGUGUUUUAUCCCAUAUAAACCUUUGAUUUAUAGUUUAAAGCUGGGAUAUACACUAGUGAAUCUGGUGAGUGAUUGAAUUUUAGUAGUUAAGAUAAAAUAAGACACUAUGGCUGCUUUGGGACAGCAAGCUGCUGCAGCUCUCCUUGAUUUCAACCAAAAACUUGACAUCAACCUAUUAGAUAGUGUUGUUGUUAGCAUGUAUGCUGGAAAUGGCGAAACACAAAGGUUAGCACAGGAAGUUUUAACAACUCUAAAAGAGCAUCCAGAUGCUUGGACCAGAGUGGACACUAUCUUAGAGUAUUCUAAUAAUCAACAAACAAAAUAUUAUGCAUUGCAAAUUCUAGAACAAGUUAUUAAAACAAGAUGGAAAGUUUUGCCAAGAAAUCAAUGUGAGGGUAUUAAAAAGUAUAUUGUUACCCUUAUAAUAAAGACAAGUUCAGACCCAGAAACAUUAGAAUCUAAUAAGACAUAUUUGAACAAAUUGAAUAUGAUCUUAGUACAAGUUUUAAAAAGAGAAUGGCCUAAGAACUGGGAAAGUUUUAUACCUGACAUUGUAGGAGCAAGUAAAACAAAUGAAAGUUUAUGUCAAAAUAACAUGAUAAUACUUAAACUACUGAGUGAAGAAUUAUUCGAUUAUUCUACUGGUCAGCUAACUCAAACAAAAGCAAAACAUCUGAAAGAUUCCAUGUGUUCAGAAUUUUCUGCCAUUUUCCAUCUUUGUCAGUUUGUGUUGGAAAAUUCACAGAAUCCUCCUCUAGUUAACGCAACUCUAGAAACUCUACUCAGAUUUAUGAAUUGGAUUCCCUUAGGAUAUAUUUUCGAAACUAAAUUAACAACAAUGUUCAUUUUCAAAUUUCUUCCUGUUCCUAUGUUUCGGAAUGUGACACUGAAAUGCCUAACCGAAAUUGCUGGAGUAGCAGUUAGUAAUUAUGAUGAGGUCUUUGUGAAUUUGUUUACCUACUCAAUGCAACAAUUGGUAAUAAUGCUACCAUUGGAAACCGAUAUUAAAAGUGCUUAUGCCCAAGGUCAAGAUCAAGAACAGAAUUUCAUACAGAAUCUAGCUCUAUUCCUUUGUACAUUUUUGAAGGAGCACGGCAACUUAAUAGAAACUUCUGUUCAACCCGAACAUCUCGCCAAUGCUCUUAGAUACCUUGUUCUAAUCUCUGAAGUUGAAGAAGUAGAAAUUUUUAAGAUCUGCCUAGAGUAUUGGAACAGUUUAUCAUCCGAACUGUAUAGGGAUGUGCCUGCUGAUUAUGCAGAUGCAAUAGUUCUACAACCUUUUAAUGCUGGCAGUAAUGGACGUAGGGCUCUAUAUCAUGAAGUUUUGAAUAAAAUAAGAUAUAUAAUGAUUUCAAGGAUGGCAAAACCAGAAGAAGUGUUGGUUGUAGAGAAUGAUAAUGGUGAAGUUGUAAGGGAAUUUAUGAAAGAUACAGAUUCCAUCAAUUUGUAUAAAAAUAUGAGAGAAACCCUAGUUUACCUCACUCAUUUGGAUUAUGCUGACACAGAAAAAAUCAUGACUGAAAAACUACAACAUCAAGUAAAUGGUACGGAGUGGUCAUGGAAGAACUUGAACACACUAUGCUGGGCAAUCGGGAGUAUAUCAGGAGCUAUGCAUGAAGAGGAUGAAAAAAGAUUUUUAGUGACUGUCAUAAAGGAUCUUCUUGGGCUUUGUGAGCAAAAACGCGGUAAAGAUAAUAAAGCUAUCAUCGCUUCUAACAUCAUGUAUGUUGUGGGACAAUAUCCUAGAUUUUUGCGAGCGCAUUGGAAAUUUUUGAAAACAGUGGUUAACAAACUGUUUGAAUUUAUGCAUGAAACUCAUGAUGGAGUCCAGGACAUGGCUUGUGAUACCUUUAUAAAAAUUGCUCUCAAGUGUAGGCGCCAUUUUGUGACGACACAACUGGGAGAGGCCUGUCCGUUUAUUGAGGAUAUUUUAAGUGCUAUUUCCUCUAUCAUAUGUGAUCUACAACAUCAGCAAGUGCAUACGUUCUAUGAAGCAGUUGGUUAUAUGAUAUCUGCUCAGUUUGAAACGGCUUCCCAAGAAGCUCUUAUCGAGAAAUAUAUGGCCCUUCCAAAUCAGGUUUGGGAUGGAAUCAUAAACAAAGCAAGUGAAAAUGUUGAAAUAUUGAAAGAAAUUGAUGUUGUGAGACAGCUUGGUAAUAUCUUGAAAACAAAUGUUAGAGCUUGCAAAGCCUUAAAUCAUGCCUAUGUAGUACAGUUAGGAAGAAUUUAUUUGGAUAUGUUAAAUGUUUAUAAGGUUAUGUCUGAAAACAUUGCUGCAGCGAUAUCUCUGAAUGGUGAACAAGUAACAAAACAACCAUUAAUAAAAGCCAUGAGGGUUGUGAAAAAAGAAACUCUGAAAUUAAUAUCCAGUUGGAUAGCAAGAUCAAACGAUAACCAAAUGGUAUUAGAAAAUUUCAUUCCACCAUUCCUUGAUGCUGUUCUGAUCGAUUAUCAAAGAACUUCCGUACCUGCUGCCAGAGAACCAGAAGUACUCAGUUCUAUAGCUGCAAUUGUAAAUAAAUUAGAAGGUUAUAUUACACCUGAGGUUCCUAAGAUCUUUGAUGCAGUAUUUGAAUGUACGUUAUCAAUGAUCAAUAAAAAUUUCGAAGAGUAUCCGGAGCAUAGAACAAACUUCUUCCUUCUUCUACAAGCAGUGAACAACCAUUGCUUCCCAGCAUUUUUAACCAUCCCACCUGCUCAAUUCAAAUUGGUUUUGGACAGUAUCAUUUGGGCUUUUAAACACACCAUGAGGAAUGUUGCUGAUACCGGAUUGCAAAUUUUACUGAAACUGCUGCAAAAUUUGGAACAGCACGAACAAGCAGCGCCAAGCUUUUAUCAGACAUACCUAACGGAUAUUUUACAACACAUCUUCUCAGUUGUGACGGAUACAUCGCAUACUGCGAGUCUAGCUCUUCACGCUACCAUUUUAGCUUGUAUUUUUUCAUUAGUCGAGAGUGGUAAAAUCAAGUGUCAGUUGGGUGGUCCAGGAGUGGAUAAUGUCCUUUACAUACAGGAAUUUACAGCAACUUUACUAAGAUCUGCAUUUCCUCAUUUAACAGAUCUUCAAAUUAAAGUUACAGUACAGGGAAUGUUCAAUCUCAAUCAAGACAUACCAGCAUUUAAAGAGCAUCUGAGGGAUUUCCUUGUUCAAAUAAGGGAAUACACCGGAGAAGAUGAUUCAGAUUUGUUCUUGGAAGAACGUGAGAAAGCUUUACAACAAGCACAAGCAGAAAAGUUCCGUAACCAAUUGAUGGUGCCAGGAAUUCUAAAUCCUCAUGAAAUUCCAGAAGAAAUGCAAGACUAGCAUUGAUGUUAGGAUGGAGCUUGAAAUUAAUUAUCUAAAAUCUCAUUAUUUUAGAUGGAUAUUUUUGUAAUGUAUCCCAAACCCUUGAAAAAAUUUCUGACCCCGAGUUGUUUUACAUUUAAUCUUAUCAUUCUGAAUUGGAGGUGUAACUGUGCUAUAGAAUACCCAUUGAAUGCCUUUUAAGUUUUUAUACAGUUUUAAAUAAAAUGGUUGAUCAAAUGAUAGAUUUUUUGAUUGUUUUUGUAAUUAGAUUAAAUCAAAGAAAUACUUGAAUAGACUGUGAGAAACCUCUUUCACUUUGCUGAGGCUUGUUUCAAAAUUUAUUUAAAACCGAUACGUUAUUUCUGUGAUGCCUUACUUCAGCUACUUUUUUUGUGAAUACAAUUGAAAUUUUUAACCAUUUUUUUUUAGGAGGUGUGAAAUCUUAUACCAAUUAUUGCAUUUUGUAACAUUCAAAAUUUGUAAUAUACCUAUACAUAUGAUUUGUGAACACAUGUUUUUUUUGCUUUUUAAUUGUGCUUAUUCAUGAAAGGGUUUUUAUUGAACACUUGGUCGAAUUUUGAUUGUAGGCAGCUUGUUGGUUGAAUAAGAUGUGAAUACAUUUAUUGAACUGGAAUGAGGUGCCUUCAAGUUUUCAAGAGAUUUUGCUUGAAAUCUUAAAAAGGAAUGAAUAUCCUUUGAGGAUAUUCAUUCAUAUAGUUCCAAAUUAUGUAUGCCGUGAUAGAUUUGGGAGAUUAUUUUAGGAAACGAGGAAUUUUAAUGCGUUCGGAGAUCAGCGGGUCUACUAUUUGACUAACAUGGAAUAUAAUCUUAUACGCAGUCGAUAAUUCGUUAUUCAGCUCGACAAUUUUACAGUUGUUUUAGUCCCAAUUGUCUUGCAAGCGAGAUAAAGAGAGACUAUUUACGAACAUUCUAUUGUGAGAAAUAUAUUUCUCACAAUAAAAGUAAGGAAUUCCUCCUCUUGGUAUUUGAAGGCCAUAGUUUAUUUUGGAAGUAAUGGCUUCAAAAUAAAAUAUAUUUGACGAAUAAAAAAUCGUAUUGUUAAAAAUAAAUUGAUAUAUAAUUCAUGGUAAAUUUGGCAUAAUAUUGCCAGACAGUAAUUGUUACUAGUAAUUCAUGAAGAUUUUCAUCUUUGUGGAAUUCAAGUUGAUAUGCUGAUAUACUCACCGAAUCUGAAAAAUAAUUUGGAUUCAACUUACCGCACCGAAAGACUGAACACAAAACUCGCAACUUUGCUUAUUGUAGAGGAAAAUAAAAUCAAAGAGUGGUCUAGUGGAAUUUUUGAUUAUAAAUCGUGUAUAAUAUGUUUUUUUUUUUCGUGUUGGUUGAUUGGCAGACUCGUACAUUCUCCAAACGCUUUGUAAAUCCUAGUUUCCGAAUCUGUAUAACUUGAAUGAAGUAAAAUUUCGUAUUAAAAAUGUAUUUCUGUGAAUAAAUAUCAAAUGUACAAUGAGUAAUUUUUAAGGACAUGUGUAAUUGUGGUAUAUCAGAAUGCACGAUAGGAAUGAUUUAGAAAAUAUUGUCUUGCUCUAUAGUAUGCAGAUGAAAAUCUAACAAAUUUAUUUCUUAUCAGUUGGAUGUUGUUCGAAUGUGUGUUUUGUUUCAAAUGGAACUUCUAUGGCAUCACAAAAUUAUGUACAUUAUUAAGUUUUAGUUAUCUAGUUGAAAUUUUUUAACAAAUGACUUGUUUGAUAAAUUUUGAAUAUUAAAUAAGUUGUUCAAAAUGA